CACGACGUGUGAGCGGCUUAACGGAGCGGAGAGCAGCGCUGCUUUAAUUCGGAGAGUCCUUCUUUCGCUCCCGGGCCGGUGUGUCCAGCACAGCUGACCGAGGGUUUGGAGCAGAACUUCAUCCGCUUGUGUGACUGUGUGUGUGUGUGUGUGUGUGUGCGCGUGCUGCUCUUCCUCGCGCUGCCCCCCCCAAAACAUUUCUCGCCAUGAAGUGCUCGCGCUCCUGCUACGGGCCGGCGCGGCUCGCCGAACUUUUCUUGAAGCGCUGAAGUCACAGCUGGAACAGCUGGAUCAUGAUGGCUCGCGCGCGCUGCUGCUCCCGCGGCUCCGCGCUGCGCUAAAACUUUUUUCACGCGCGCUGAACGAAGCCAUGGCUUUAACGGACGGCUCGAAGUGACUUUUCGCGCGCUCGUCUGACUCUUUCACUAUCGAAAGGCGAAGGGAGCAGUUGGACUCGCUCGUGCGCCCGCGCACCCCCCUUAAAUCACUAGGACGCUUAUGGCGGAGUUUCAUUUGGCCGGUUGAGGCUCUGGUUCCGCACAGCCAUGCUGGGAAGCCCCUCCAAUAACGGCGGCGUGAGGAUGCUGGCGCCCCCGGGUCCCGGCGACGACAGGCGCGUGGAGUUCGUGGCCCUGGCAGCCGUGCACGCAGACCGGAGCGAGCCCUCGAGCCCUGAGCGCGCGCAGCCGCCAUCGCAGCGCACGGGGCUGCUGGGAACGCCGCUGCCCGUGCCGCCGGGAGCACGCGCCGCUGCCUCGGCGUCCAGCAAGCGCUACAGGAAGCUGCAGAACUGCCUGUACAACGUGCUGGAGAGGCCGCGAGGAUGGGCCUUCAUCUACCACGCGUUCAUUUUUCUGCUGGUGUUCAGCUGUCUGGUGCUCUCUGUCUUCUCCACCAUUCCCAGCCAUCAGAAAACCGCCAACGAGGGGCUCUUCAUCCUGGAGUUUGUGAUGAUUGUGGUGUUUGGGCUGGAGUACUUUGUGAGGGUUUGGGCUGCUGGCUGCUGCUGCCGCUACAGAGGAUGGCAGGGUCGACUGCGCUUCGCCAGGAAACCCUUCUGUGUUAUAGACUUCAUAGUGUUUGUGGCAUCAGUGGCUGUGAUAGCGGCAGGCACGCAGGGGAACAUUUUUGCCACAUCUGCUCUGCGCAGCAUGCGAUUCUUACAGAUCCUGCGGAUGGUGCGCAUGGACCGCCGCGGAGGCACCUGGAAACUGCUGGGCUCUGUAGUGUAUGCUCACAGCAAGGAGCUUAUCACAGCCUGGUACAUUGGCUUCCUGGUGUUGAUUUUUGCCUCAUUUUUGGUCUAUUUGGCUGAAAAGGACAUCAACACAGAGUUCUCUACCUAUGCAGACUCCCUCUGGUGGGGAACUAUAACCCUCACCACGAUUGGUUAUGGUGACAAGACUCCACACACCUGGCUUGGUCGGCUUUUAGCAGCCGGCUUUGCCCUGUUGGGGGUCUCUUUUUUUGCCCUGCCUGCAGGGAUCCUAGGUUCAGGUUUUGCUCUGAAAGUUCAGGAACAGCAUAGACAGAAGCACUUUGAGAAGAGAAGAACUCCUGCAGCUAACCUCAUACAGGCUGCGUGGCGUCUCUAUUCUACAGAUGCUCAGCAUUCAUAUCUUACAGCUACCUGGUAUUUCUACGACAGUAUGCUACCAUCGUUUAGAGAAUUGACGCUACUGUUCAGUCACCUCCAACGGCAGCGUAACACCAAGAAGGUUCUUCACAACUACCAAACCCUGCUGUCGGGCCUUCGGCCCUAUAGCUCCCUCUACCUGUCGGGGGACAGGUAUGCUAAUGUCCAGCUCCAUCAGCUCAUAUCUAAAAAGCGGGGUUUCUUCCGGAUUCAUGCUGGCUGCAAGCAGAGUGGGAAGAUUCCAUUUCGGGACCGCAUUAGGAUGAACAAUUCCCGCUCCACUCAGGCUAUCCGGGGCAAGCCUUCUUCCCCUGUGCCCCCAGGGAGUGUGCGCCACUCACCGAGCACUGAAAAUGUGCCUGAAGCCACAAGCCCAGGAAAGGUGCAGAAAAGCUGGAGCUUCAAUGACCGAACCCGAUUCCGCACUUCACUCCGGCUCAAACCUCGUCCUGCCGCAGAUGUAGAGGGAGUUGGAGAAGAGAGCACUGAGGAUAAGUCGUACUGUGAUGUUGCUAUGGAAGAUGUUAUACCAGCGGUGAAAACCCUGAUUCGAGCUGUUAGAAUCCUCAAAUUCCUGGUAGCCAAACGGAAGUUUAAGGAAACACUACGACCAUAUGAUGUGAAAGAUGUGAUUGAGCAGUAUUCAGCUGGACAUCUGGACAUGCUGGGCAGAAUCAAGAGCCUGCAGACAAGGGUAGAUCAGAUUGUUGGCCGCGGAGCAGUCCAAUCUGAUAAGAAGGUGAGAACAGAAAAAGGUGAAAAGACUCCUCCGGAACUGGAUCCGAUGGAUGAGCUGAGCAUGAUGGGACGUGUAGUUAAAGUGGAGAAGCAGGUGCAGUCAAUUGAAAACAAGCUGGACCUGCUGUUAAACUUUUAUUCUCAGUGCCUAAAAAAAGGCUCCUCCCACUUCACCCUGUCCUCUUUGCUGGAGCCUGACCUCACCUCUGACUACCACAGUCCAACUGACCAACGUGACCUUUUUCCCUCUGCCAACACGCUCAACAUUUCCCAGUCAGACAGUGGGAAUAUGGACUGACACCAGGAGAGAACAGGGGGACUGUGCGUCCAGCAGCCCCACAGUGACUGCAGCCAUAAGACACUCAGCUUAAACUUCCACAUCACAAACGCUGCAAAAGCCCUUCUGCUGAUUCUUACAGUCUACUGCUCCAGCCAUCGCCACAUUAUCACAUGGGUUUGCCUACCUCUACACUGACUUUUAUUCCUUACGUUUUGUGUCUUUGCCUUUUGUUUCUGCUCAGUUCCACACCUUCUAAGGACUCCUUUUUGGUGUGCAUAUAUCUUUAAUGUUGUUACAGUUGCGUAUUUUCUCAUUUCCGAGCUCAACUACAUUAGAUGUUUGUCCCUUUCAUUUCUAAACCAAACACAUAACCCAUAAUCAAUGUUCACAUCCUUUUUUAAAUUCUGCAUCAUGAGUCUGAUUAUCAUUGUAAGUGUUCUUGCUGUCUUUUUAGGUAAAAUGUCUCACUGCUUUUGUGGGUAAACAGUGACAUUCUCAUGGCAACCAGGCAUUCUUGGGAAAACACUGAUACUUUAUGCGAAGGAUAUCAAAGUUGUAAGAACUUGUCCAGUAGACAGCAAAGCUUUUUGCAGAGGCAUGCCAAAAUAUCUAUAUUUUUCUGUCUUCCAGAUGAGAGUGGGUGGAGCACUGUUAUUUGACCACUUAAAACUGUCUCACUUUCACCUCUGUGGUCUCUUUUAUAAAAGGCAGUCACCUGUAGAUAAAAAAAAUGUGCAAAUUUAAUUUCUGGCAUUUAUUUCUUGAUGCUGUGAUGCCAAGAAUGUUUCUCUUUCUGUUUUAAUUUUGUUUUGUUUUAAUCAGUAGACUUAGAAUAGAUUUCUAUUUGUUCUGAGAUCAGGGCUUUAGUUUUCAAAUGAAUUCAAACUGGGUUUCUCACUCUCUCGUUUUUAGACUUUGAGCUGAUGCAGCGUCCUUUGUGCCACAAGGUGUCACUGAGCUUCUACUGAAUGUACUGCAUACCCUUAAACUCGUGCUGUCCUGCUAAUUCUGUCCUAAGUGCAAAGGACAGAUGACAGUACAGUUCAUGAUGAUGGACUCAAGCUGGACAAAGGGACAAAAAGAAGUUUUCACCAAAGCAUCAUCUCUUUCCUAAACGCCUGAUCUGUUUGUUGCAUGGCCCUGCAUCCUACUUCUUAGGACAUGCCCAGGAUGGGAAGAAUGAACCAAAUCUUGGUCUGCUGUGGCACUCAGGGUUCUGUCAUGCAUUUUGGUAACUCCAUAGCUUGUUGCGGCGCUUUCUAUACUGCACAGAUUUGGGUACAGAUUCCUGUCACUCAGUUGUAUCUCAAGAGCCCACUGUGCAAAAAAAAA